UCUUCGGUCUCUAACAGCACAGAGGUCCGAUCAGACACUCGUCUCAGUGACAGAGAGAGCGAGAGAGAGAGAGAGGAGGGAGACGGAAGGGAGUUGGACGAGAUCUUCUCUAACCCUCGCAUGUCAAAGCGAGUCUUCUCUGAAACCCUAGCCACCAGCAAUGUCGUCCUCAACCUCCUCGCCGGAUUUCCCCCCCGUCGACUCGAGAAUCUGGCGCGCCUGCGCCGGCUCCUCCGUCCGAAUCCCCGCCGUCAACUCUAGGGUCUACUACUUCCCCCAGGGCCAUCUCGAGCAGUCCUCCUCCGCCUCCUCGCCCGUCCUCUCCCCAAUCGCCCUGUCCCGGCCCUAUGUCGCUUGCGUGGUCGCCGCCGUCAGCUUCCACGCUGAUCCCCUCACCGACGAGGUCUUCGCCAGGCUAGUCCUCCACCCUUCCUCGAGCGGCGGCGAGGCCCUUCCGGAGGCGCGUGGCUACGCCGUGGACGAGGAGGACGAGAAGAUUGCUUCGUUCGCCAAGGUCCUGACCUCCUCCGACGCCAACAAUGGCGGUGGAUUCUCCGUGCCUAGGUUCUGCGCCGAUACCAUCUUCCCGCCGCUGAACUACCAGAUUGACCCGCCCGUCCAGAAUCUCGAGGUGACUGACGUUCACGGGGUCGUGUGGACGUUCCGGCACAUCUACCGAGGCACUCCGAGGCGGCAUUUGCUGACCACCGGGUGGAGCAAGUUCGUGAACAAUAAGAAGCUCGUGGCGGGAGACUCUGUUCUGUUCAUGAAGAACUCCGGAGGGGACAUGUUCGUCGGUAUUCGCAGAGCCACUAGGGUUCCCGGUGCUGACUGCUUCACCUGGCGCAACCAGAUUGCUGCCGGGAAGACCAAGAUCGAGGAGGACUCUGUCCUUAAGGAAAGCUUCUCGAGGAACGGGAGGGGAAGAGUUCCUCUGGAGUCGGUGGUGAAAGCUAUUGAGCAUGCAGCCCGUGGGAUGCCGUUCGAGGUGAUUUACUACCCGAGGGCUGGGUGGUCUGAUUUUGUGGUGAGGGCGGACGUCGUAGAGGCGUCCAUGAAGAGCUACUUGGCAGCCGGAGUGAGGGUUAAGAUGGCUGUGGAGACGGAGGAUACUUCUAGGAUGACGUGGUUUCAGGGGACCGUUUCCUCCACUGCCAUGCCCGAGAACGGCCCAUGGGCGGGUUCCCCGUGGCGCAUGGUUCAGGUGAUAUGGGAUGAACCUGAUGUUUUGCCUAACUCGAGGAGUCUGAACCCUUGGCAGCUUGAACCUUUGUCAAUUCAAUCUGCUUUUCCCCCAACAAAGAAAUUUAGAGCUUCAGGAUUGGGACCUGAUGGAGGAGAUGCAGAACUCUACUUUCCUCUUAGAGGAUUCGCCAGUUCGACUUUGGGCCACUUAAGCCCAUCAUUGUUGAAUUACAAUAUUUCUCCUGCUGGCAUGCAGGGAGCCAGGCAAGAUGCUAUUGGUGCAUCUAGUUUUUUACACUAUGCUGAUGAGAAUACCCCUCCUAAGAUGUUCACUGCUGAUUUCUUGGGCAACAAGAUGUUCCCAAAUUAUAAAUCUUUGCCCACUGGUCUGAACAUUGAAAGUUCGCCAUCAGAAAACCUGUCUACUGAUAGCCCGAACAGUGGGCGCUCCUCUAUUGCAGAUCUUGCUGCUCAGAAAGUUCCGGCGAAUUGUAUCCAACUGUUUGGUCAGUUCAUUUAUAUAGAAAAGCCAGUUGAAAGUGGAUCUGAUGAUGAUGGCUUGAAAGAGAGCAUUGGGACUGCAAAUGCAGGUCAGUCAUUGGCCAACCCACUUGUAAAACUAAUUGAGAGGCUUGAUAACCAACAGGAGGGAGCAUCAGCUGUUGAAUCAUGCCUUAUCUGAUGAGAUGUUUGGUCUUUUGGUGGCAGAGGAGUAUUAUUUGUACAGGGUGGUAGUUCAUGGUAGACGGAAUUGACCCAUCAUGAUGUGUUUAGGUGUGAUAGCCCUUCUCUAGAGUAGAGUCCAUUGCAGGUUGUAGAGUGGAGCCUCCUGUUAACCUCCUGUGGAGAACUUGUUAAUUGUCUAGGCUGAGACAAAUACGGUUCAGUUACAUUCAGGUUUUCCUUCUGUCUUUCUGGAGUUUGAUGGGUAGUACUAGAAGCUGUGAAUCCCUCGUUUCUCUGAUUCAAGUACCCUGAGAAAUUGGAGAGGAAGAAUCAUUCUGCCAUACCAAUCGACGACUCGUAGCUGUAACUCUGUCUAAUUUGAUAUCUGACAUCCAAGUCGAGAGGGGCUAUGAAUGUUUCUUGGCAAGUGAGCUUUGGGCUAAGCAUGAGCCUGACUGGAAUGCCUUGUUCCCAAGUAACAAUGGCUGAUGGGCAUAUUCGUCGUGCAUCUUAUUUCCUGCUACAGGAAAGGAGCUGCACAUGGAUGAGGGUCGAAGCAUGGCUAACCCGAACCCGUAAGAUUUCUUUGUCUUACGAUAAUAGCUAAAGGAAUAAAUUGAACUACUAGUUAGGAAAAAGAAAAAUGAAUUAUACGUACAUACACAUACAUAGAUCGAUACAGCACGGAAGGAAGAAAAAAAGAGACUAAUGCCCUGUUUGGAUUCCCAAACAAUUGAUUUUACGACGCUUUAGUCCACUCAGCCAUCUCUCCGAAUCGGGGAUGUCCUCAGCGCCGAGGAACAUGUAGCAUCUACACCGAGAAUUCAAGUAUUGUAUACGUCAUAAGUCCGAUCCUUUGUAGAAACUACCCGUAAUAACGAACUUGCAAAAUGGAUCUGUUUAUCAUAGAGCGAUUCGUUGUUCC